AUGUUUGCGCACCGGCAUCCCACUGACGGUCAGCACACGGACACUACAUCAGCACAGAAUGCCCCGGUCAGGCAGCUCAUCCACAGGCUUGAGACGAGGCUUGGCGAUCUUGCAAGCCAACAAGAGGAGGUAGCCGAAAGCAGAGAGCAGGUGCUUGUGCGCCGAGGACAGCUGGUGCAAAGUGGCAAGCGCGUACAGCAACAACGCGAUCGAACCGCCAACGCAGAAGUGUUGUUCAUGAACUUGCUGCGACAUCACUACAAUGGUCUAGGAUCUACCUUUCCGACUGAGAUUGACGCAGCAUAUGCGAGAGUUGAUGAGGAACGGACAGAGCUGGGCUCACUCGAGGUCGAAUACUCUGAACUUAAUCGGACUCUGGGAGCACAGGAGUGGACCCAUAUGGAUCUGGAGAACAGUCUCUAUCAAUAUGAUGUGCAACAAAUCCUCGCUGACGAGCUCGUGGACAAUAUCGAGACUACAAGACACUCUUCCGAUCGCGAAGACGUCAGCGCAGCAGGUCCUUUUCCUCCAUCAGCGGCAGUCCAAUAUCAGGUGGAAACGACGGAAUAUGCACGACUCCGAAAAUGGUUUAGGGUUUUGCGUAUAGCCAUUGCCAGACUCUUCGAAAGUUCGACGCUCAGUAUCGAUGAUGCUGAUCUUGGAGAUAUAAAGAACACCGAGGCAGUACGCUCGUUUGACCACGUGCUCACCCAGCUGACAGAAUGCGAAGUAAGACUACAGCAUCUCAAAGCGGAUCGCAUGGUCGCAGAUGAUGAUGCUCAACCUCUUAGGGGGCGACGUGGAUCCGAGCCUGUUAUGUACGAACGGUCACAGUCUUUCGCUUCUGAUAUCAUCUCAAAGGCUCACACCGAAGGUGCCGUCCCUCGUCGCACGGACCGGGUUCCGGUAAUGCAUCGUAUCCGGGACUGGCUACUCGACGGCUUCAAGCAGAAUUGUUUAGACAGAAUGCAGUAUGUCAGCAUACUGCAAAAACAAUUGGACGCUGGUGACGACGAGGACGUCGACUUAUCAGAAUGGGAAGUCCUCGUCAUACAACAAUGGCCUUUUGACAUGACAACAACGGAGCCAGCAACUCAUGCGGCCGAGAUCGUCCCGUCGUCAUCAUCAAGCCCACAGACCUUUCUGCGUGUAGAUUCAAACCAUGGAGGUUUCCUGUUUGAUCAAGAGCAUAUUGCCCUUUCUCAGACUUUGCAACUUCAGUCACUGGAAACACAACAGGCCAAGGACUUACUUGAGGAUCUACUUAUGGAUGUACCUGCAGACGACUUGGAUUUCACGUCACCCAGUAACAGCACUUUCGUCUUGCGUAGCAUCAAUCCAGACUCUGUCGCAUUCAGCCUUCUCGAGAAGAUGGUGACUUGA